AUGCCCUAUUAUGCCGUAGCAAGAGGCUAUAGAUGUGGAGUUUACUUGACAUGGGACGAAUGUAAGGCCCAGGUUAGCGGAUAUGGUAAUGCUUCGUACAAGAAAUUCAGUACUAUGAAUGAAGCACAACGGUUUGUUGAUGGUGGAUAUGGCUCUGUUUCCGAGUCAAAGGAGCACGAUGAGCAUGACUACGCUUUCGCUCAUUAUAAUUCUCUAUCGAGAAAGCCGAAACCAAUCUACAUUGAUGGUGCCUCUCGAGGCAAUGGCCGUGUGUCCAUUCCGGCUUCAGGCUACGGAGUAUACUAUGGCACUAAUGACCCACGUAACAGAGCAGUCGCCUUAGACGAAGUUGACGACGUUCAUAAAAACCCCCCAACGAACCAACGCGCAGAGCUUCACGCCAUGAGACACGCUUUACGUGACAUCAAACACCAUCUUAUCACCUCAGACUCGCCUGAACCAUUUUCGAUCCAUUCAGAUUCACAAUACACAAUCAACUGCAUCAGUACAUGGGCUAAAAACUGGAAGGCUAAUGGUUGGAGAACAUCAAAGAACACACCUGUGGCAAAUGCAGACAUUAUCAAAGAAGCAGUAGAGUUAAAGAAUGAAGUUGAUCAAUUAUAUAGGCAACACAACUGGGGACCCUUGGAGUUGCAUUAUGUUAGAGGUCAUAGUGGCGAUGAGGGAAAUGAAAACGCUGACAGAUUAGCAAAUUUGGGUGCAGAUAGAAUGGAAAAUAGUAUAUAA